AAAAAUAAUAACAAGGAGAUAUGUCUGCUUUUACAAAAUUCAAAAUUGUUUCACUGUUCUCAUUUUCAGGGCCACGAGUUCAACGUUUCAGUAAAGGUUGUCAAAAUGAUGGGGGUUCAAAGAAAGAUGCCGACAAAAAUGGGUCCAGACUUAAAAAAGAACUAAAAUUCGAUGCUUUUAAAUUGUCCAAGGAUAAGCUCAAUCCAAAUUGUUUCGUUAGCGAUGCCAAUGCAAAUUAUAUGGAAUAUCUCUUCUCGAAAUGGAUUAGGAACCCCGAUUCUGUACAUAAGUCCUGGCAGCUAUAUUUUAAUGACGUUUUGCAAAGUAAUAGUGUGGGUAAAGUAGAAAGCUUUUCGAGCACAGCAACUCAAGUAACUGCUGAGCAAUCUCCGAAUCAAGAUACUCUUUCCAAGAACUGUGUCUUGUUUGAUGCAGCGCUAGAAAAAUUGGGUGAAGUCGAUUUUUAUGAUCUAUGCGCCAAACUGGAGACAGCCAAGGCAGCGAAAACUGUUAGGGAUAAUCCUGUUAAACAUAAUCCGGAAGACGUUCAAAUAACUAAUCAGAAAACAGUCUUUGAAAAUGUAAGCGAUUCCGUUGAGAAAACAGCUCCGAAAGAGAAAUCAGAAAACUUAACCAAUUCCGUUGGAGUAACUAACCAGAACGAAGGAUCAGAAAGUUCAAUCGAUUCUGUUGAAAUAAUCGAUCAGAAAGAUAAAUCCAAUAGUUCAAACGAUUUGGCUGAAAUGACUUCGAAGCCGCCAUCACAAGAGAAAAGUUACGUGAUUGGAACCAUAAUCCUAAGUCCAAUUAACGAAGAUUUAACUGGUUCCAAAGAUGUAAAAGAGGAAGCUAAGAAACCGAAUAACUUAGACAGCAUAAAGGUCGUAUCCAAACCCAAGCAACAGCAAACCAACAAAAGUACCUCCAAUAAAGACAAUGUUGAACCGAAGAAACCCGUCGAACUGGCCGAGCAUCUGCGAGCUGUGGAACGUGUUAAGGAGGCUUUGAAGGAGAAACCCUUUUGCACGCGCCGAGAUUUCAUCAAAUCGCAGCUGGAGCGCAUUGAAAAGCUGAAGGAUCAGAAGUCCUUGGCUCGAAAGAAACACGAAGAAAAUAUCAAAAUUGUAGCGAAGACUCCAAAGCCAGAGGAGAAGCCACGCAAAUAGAGUUAGAGUUAGAGUCCGAAUCUCGGCAUGCCUUGUUUCCAUAUGAACACAUAAAACUUCAAAGAUGUACAAAUUGGUACAAAGCUCUGACAAAUAAAAAUUUAUUUACAUUUUAAACCAAAAAUAAUUCAAAUCGCUUAGCAUGUUGUAAUUCGGAGAAAGUAAAACAAAUAAGGAAACAAAAAAUACGGAUUAGUUGCCGGCCAAAUUAAUAUUUUCUUCAAAUUUAACGUGAAGUUUAAACAACUGUUUUAAUUCUGCGGGUGCAGCCAUGAAUCCCAACCAGGGCCGCAUCGGGCAAGCAAUUUUAGCCCAGGGCCUGAGGCAUGAAUACUCGCGCUAUAAUGCAGCCCGGCGAUCGCUGGUAAUUGCCUCAAAGCUCUAUUCGAAAAAGACUCGAACCCCCGAUGAAUCAGAUAGUUUGGCCAACGGCAGCAAUGCCAUAUACAUUGACAAAUUGUAUUCAAAGUGGUCCAAGGAUCCCGGCUCUGUGGAUCAGUCCUGGGAUGCCUACUUCAGUGGCAAGCCUCGGAGCAUAUUGUCCUCCCGGCAGCGUCAGCCCAAGAAACGUAAAUGGCAACCAACCUCAGUAGCAGAACGUCCCGCAUCUUCUGCUCCAAAUCCUGCUCCGCAGGCCGAUUGGAAAUACAUAGACGAUCAUUUGGUCGUACAGGCCAUUAUCAGAGCCUAUCAGACGCGCGGUCAUCUGGCUGCUGACCUGGAUCCUUUGGGCAUUGUGGGACCAACUGGUCAUUCUCUCGCCACGGAUGACAAGAAGCUGCAAGCCACGCGGGCUGUGCUGCGACAGCAUUACUCCUAUAUCUUCAAUGAUUUGAAUGCCCUGUUCAAGCUGCCCAAGUCCACGUUGAUUGGUGGCGACGAGGAGUUCCUGCCGCUUAGAGAAAUACUGGAUCGCUUGGAACGCGUUUAUUGUGGUCAUAUUGGUGUGGAGUACAUGAUGAUAACGUCGAUCUACAAGAGCAACUGGAUACGCGAGCAAUUUGAGAAGCCCGGCGUGAUAAACUUCAAGCCCGAAGAGAAAAAACUGAUCCUUGAGCGUCUAACGCGCUCCACAGGCUUUGAGAACUUUCUGGCGAAAAAGUUCAGCUCUGAGAAGCGCUUCGGACUGGAGGGUUGCGAUAUUAUGAUACCCGUCAUGAAGGAGAUCAUCGAUCAGUCGAACAAGUGUGGCGUCGAGUCCGUCCUCAUUGGCAUGGCGCAUCGUGGACGCCUGAAUGUGUUGGCCAAUGUCUGUCGCAAGCCCAUGAAGGAGAUUCUGUCACAAUUUCAUGGCCUGAGAGCCAGUGACUGGGGCUCUGGUGAUGUCAAAUACCAUUUGGGUUUGUUUACGGAGCGCCUGAAUCGGCAGUCCAAUAAAAAUGUGCGCAUCACCGUUGUGGCCAAUCCGUCGCAUCUGGAGUACGUUAACCCGGUGGUACUGGGCAAGGCACGCGCCGAGAUGUUUCUGCGCGGUGAUUAUCAGGGCAAUAAGGUCCUGCCCAUGCUGAUACACGGAGAUGCAUCUUUCUGCGGCCAGGGCGUUGUCUACGAGUCCAUACACAUGUCCGAUCUGCCGGCCUACACCACGCACGGAACAAUUCAUGUGGUGUCCAACAAUCAGGUGGGCUUCACCACAGAUCCGCGCUUCUCCCGCUCGUCACGCUACUGCACGGAUGUUGCCCGCGUUGUCAACGCGCCCAUAUUCCAUGUGAAUGCCGACGAUCCGGAGGCGUGCGUCCAUUGCGCCCGUGUGGCUGCACUUUGGCGGGCGAAAUUCCACAAGGAUGUGGUCAUCGAUAUUGUCGGCUAUCGCCGCAAUGGCCACAAUGAGGCCGACGAGCCGAUGUUCACCCAGCCGCUAAUGUACCAGCGCAUACGUAAGCUCAAGAACUGCACGGUGCAGUAUGCGGAGAAGCUCACCCGGGAUGGCGUUAUCAAAAUGGAGGAAUACACGGAAAUGGUCAAGAAAUAUGAUACUAUCUGUAAUGAGGCCUUUGAAGAGUCCAAGAAGAUCAAAACAUUUAAGAAUUCACACUGGCUGGAUUCGCCCUGGUCCGGCUAUUUCCAGGGCCGAGAUCGUCUAAGGGUGUGCCCAACGGGAGUUAACCUCAAAACUCUACAGCAUAUUGGCGAAAUAUAUUCCUCGCCGCCGCCAGCUGAACAUAAGUUCGAAGUGCACAAAGGCAUCUUGCGUAUUUUGGGCCUGCGCAAGAACAUGGUCAAGGAGAAGAUAGCUGAUUGGUCGCUGGGUGAGGCGUUUGCCAUUGGCACGCUGGUUAAGGAUGGCAUACAUGUGCGCGUAUCCGGGCAGGAUGUGGAGCGCGGCACGUUCUCGCAUCGUCAUCAUGUGCUGCACCAUCAGACCAAGGACAAAGUGCGCUACAAUUCGCUGCAGCAUCUGUAUCCGGAUCAGGCGCCCUACGAUGUCUGCAACAGCUCGUUGUCGGAGUGCGCCAUCUUGGGCUUCGAGACGGGCUAUUCAAUGGCCAAUCCCAACACUCUGGUCAUCUGGGAGGCGCAGUUCGGAGACUUCGCCAACACCGCUCAGCCCAUCAUAGACACCUUCCUUGCCAGUGGCGAGACCAAAUGGGUGCGUCAAUCCGGCCUGUGUGUGUUCCUGCCCCACAGCAUGGAGGGCAUGGGCCCCGAACAUUCCUCCGGCCGCAUGGAACGCUUUCUACAGCUCAGCGACGAUGAUCCCGACUGUUUUCCGGACAUGUGCGAUGCGGACCUUGUGGCCCGCCAGCUGAUGAACACCAAUUGGAUUGUGACCAAUGUGACGACGCCAGCGAAUCUCUUCCAUGUAUUGCGGCGUCAGGUGGCCCUGGGUUUCCGCAAGCCGUUAAUCAAUUUCUCGCCCAAAUCUGUGCUACGUCAUCCGAAGGCGCGCAGUCCUUUCCGGGACUUUAACGAGUGCAGCUCGUUCCAGCGUAUCAUACCCGAUACGGGUAAGGCCGGCGAAAAUCCGGAUUGCGUCAAACAGUUGGUUUUCUGCUCUGGCAAGGUAUACUACGAUCUGCUCAAGGAGCGUGAAGAUCACGAGCAGGAAUCAACUUGCGCCCUUGUGCGAGUGGAGCAGGUCUGCCCGUUUCCCUAUGAUCUGAUCCUGGAGCAGAUAAAUAAGUAUAAAGGUGCAGAGCUCGUCUGGUUCCAGGAGGAGCACAAGAACCAAGGUGCCUGGAGCUAUAUCCAGCCACGCUUCGACACAACCAUUCUGAAGAUGGAGGGCGAAAGCCGUGGCAUUACUUAUCAGGGACGACCACCAAACUCGGCCUCAUCCACCGGGAACAAGGUGCAACAUUAUUCGGAAUAUGAUGCUAUCAUGACUGGCCUCUUUGGUGAACUGACCGAAGAGAAUAAGAAGCGCAUCAAGGAGAUCAAGGAGCAGGAGCAAAAAGCGGCCGUCAAACAGUCCGAAGCUAGCUUGGCGAAAGCCAAACAGGCCAAAAUGAAGGAGGAGGCCGAAAAGAAGGCGGGCGAAAAGAAGGCGGGCGAAAAGAAGGAGGGAGAAAAGAAGGAGGACCAAACGGCAGGUGCCAAGGGGGCACCACCAGCACCAACAGGAAAAGCUAAUCCACCGAAACCGUCCGCAAAGGCAACACCCGCUGCAGCAGCAGGGCCACCAACAGAAACUUCACCCUCACCGGCACGUAAGCCCAUGGCAGCAGAGCCACCGACAGAAACUUCACCAUCACCGGCACGUAAAUCGGCACCAGAAGCACCAACAAUGGCUCCAUCACCAGCACGCAAGCCUGGACAGGAAAGCGCACCAGGAAUGAAACCCAAGUUAGCUCAAAAAGAAGUAAUGCCGUCAGAUAAAUCAAAUGAUAAGAGAGAAGCACCCAAAAGAGCUGCUGACACAGAUAAUAAGCAAGAUAAGCAAGAUGAAAAUAAAUCUGCUAAGCGAUUGAAAAAAUCUGAAGAUGAAGAGGCUCCCAAUGAUCCCACAAGCAGCCUGUAAAAGUCGAAUGAGGUGAACUAA